GAUAGUCAUUGUUGUUGAUUUUUGUAUUAUUUUACAUUAGACAUACUUGGUACUGGAGAAACACGUAAUUAGCGAAAACUUCGAUAAAAUACCGCCAAAAAAACCUCCAAUAAAUAACAGACAAAAAACUAUUUUCUCCGACUAAGUACCCGAAAACUCCAACAAUCAUCAUCAAUUCAACGCCGAGAAUUGAUCCGAUAAGUUGUAAAAUAAUUCCACAGCGCGAAAAUGCCACUAGCAAUUCUACUGGCAAUUUUCGGAAUAGCAUCAGCGUUUCCACGCGAAACGCUCAAUUCCACAACACAAUUCAACGACACGAUCCAAAGCUAUCGUUUACCUGACACGAUAGUACCAUCCAGGUACCGCCUAAAUCUAGUAAUACCGGAGAGCGCUCUCAAAGGAAACUCCACGACAUUCUAUGGUUGCGUUAAAAUCGACAUCGUAGUACUGAAAUGUACCCAAGAAGUACUACUCAACUCCAUGGUGAACGUCACCAAUGCCACCAUCGACGAUGGUACCAGAAACACCGUUUUUCAAUAUCAAUAUCAAUACAGCACCAGUCAAAUACUCAAAUUAAUACUGCCCGGGAAAGUGUUAGUACCGGACAGUCCCUACACUUUGAAUAUUUGCUUUAACAGCGAAUUAACCACGGAUAACGUCAAGGGAGUGUCGAGGAUCGAGUACCCAGGAGGAUUCGGCGGCAAAGAGUACUUAAUUUUAACGCAAUUCCAAUCCACCUACGCCCGGUACGCUUUUCCUUGCUUCGACGAACCAAUGUACAAGGCCAAGUUUGUUCUACAACUCACCUACCCGCAAUGGUACCGAGCAAGGUCCAACACCAAAGAAGAACAAGUUCUUAUAAGGAGCGAUACUAAAACUUCCAUAUUCAAGGAAACCCCCAUCAUGUCGACCUAUUUGCUGGCCUUCUCCGUAUCGAGUUUCACCUGCACCGAGUCCAAACGCGACUGGUACGUCUUGAGUACUUGCUCGCGGGAGAAAUUCGCUCCCAACAGGAACCUAGCCAUGGAGUACGGAGCGAAAAUCAUCCAAGCAAUGGACAAAUGGACGGGCUACAAUUACAGCUCGAGCCUGUCCAAGCUGGAGCAGUUCGCGUUUCCCGGAAUCACCGGAUUGGCCAUGGAGAAUUGGGGUUUCGUCACCUACCACGAGUACAUGAUUUUGUUCGACGAAGCGGACACGUCCGCGCUUCUGAAGCAGUCCAUUAUCGAAAUUACAGCGCACGAAUUCGCUCACCAAUGGUUCGGGAAUUUGGUGACGACGCGCUGGUGGAACUCUUUGUUCUUGAACGAAGGCUUCGCCACUUAUUUCCAACAUUAUCUAUUCAACUUGAUAGGAUUGGAACAUUACGAGAUGGACAAGCAGCUGGUCAUCAGCCAGCAGCAUUUGGCGCUCCUGAGAGAUGCUGAAUACGUUUCGCCGGAGGCUUUGGAGUCCGAUGUCGAAGAUCCGAACGAUAUUGAGGAUCGAUUCAGUACCGUAACGUACAGUAAAGGAGCUAGUGUGAUCAGGAUGGUGGAAAACAUCAUCGGAAAGAAGAGCUUCCAAAAGGGCCUUCAGCAUUAUUUAAAAAAAAACGCCUACAAAUCGACCAGACCGAGAGACCUAUGGAGAUCUCUAAGCUUGUACACCAAAUCGGAAUCGCUGCCGAGCAAUUUCACUCUGCAUGAAGUGAUGCGCGAGUGGAUCAUCAGGGGUGGUUUUCCUCUCAUCACAGCCACCUUGGAGGGCAAAGAUGUGCGACUAACGCAGAAGAGGUUCUUCAACGAAGGCAAAACGGCCGGCCGAUGGUUCGUGCCCAUUACUUUCCGGAUUGCCAGCAGCAACAAGUCCAGGACGUUUUGGUUGAAACCUAACCAUUCGGUUACCCUUCGAGGAGCCGGUGAAAGUUGGGUGCUGCUCAACCACAACUCCACAGGCUACUUUAGGGUUAAAUACGACGAGACUCUCUAUCACCGAUUAACCGAGGCUCUAAGAACAGAUUUCCACCAAUUCACCGAACUGGACAGAGCCCAAAUAAUCGACGAUUCCUUUAACCUGGCGCUAGCAGGGGACAUAACCUAUUACCAACUCUUCCAUCUAAUCAACUUCAUCCAAAACGACACCUCCUAUUUCACCUGGGAGACGGCCAUCAGAGGCUUCAACGGCAUCAUGGAGAAGUUCAACGAGGAUUCGGAACUCGUCAAACACCUCAAAGCGAUGGUACUGCAACUGAUCGAUGCGCCUUUUAAUCUGGUCUACAUCUCCAACUGGCAACGCCUGGAUCACCUUACAACGUUGAAACUAUCGAUGAUAUGGAACACGGCCUGCGAUGUCGGCCACAAGAAUUGCAUUGCCGAAUCCAAGCAGUUGUUCGAAAAAUUCAAAGAAUAUGAUGUCAGCAUCAAUCCAGAUUUAAGGCAGGCAGUUUAUUGCAACACCCUGAAAUACUCCAAAGAAGACGAAGAUUCCAAUUGGGAGUUUCUCUGGAACAGAUCCCAAACGGUGGACCAACCGCACGAGAAUUACUACAUCUUGAACAGCCUGGGAUGCACCAGAGAUAAGCGACUUUUGAAAUUUUAUUUGGAUGCUUCGAUACGUUCGGUGACUCCAUUGGAAUUCGAGAUCAUCUGGGAUUCCGUGUACAUGUCUAGUUCCAUCGGCUUGGAAGUGGCCUUCGAUUUCUUCUUGCAGAAUAUGAACAAAAUUUUGGAACAUUCGUAUGAUUACGCUAUAUCCACUUUAGGUAAUAUAAUCGAACGGUUAUCGACGAGGAAACAAAUCCGAAAGCUCGAAAAUCUAACAAGCUAUGUCAGUACUUAUCCUGACAUGUCGAAGUUCCUGCACGACAUUAUGGACAGGGCCAAUCACAAUUUGAAACUGAAAAUGAGGAUGCGAAACAAAUUGGAAUCAUACUUCGGCAUCCAACCGCAAAUAAAACCAUCUCUUUAAUUCUAUAACAAAUAUUAAUUUAGAUAAUGCUAGUACCCAUAAUAAAC